AUUCCCCUUUGGACACAAGACGGCGCUUCGGCAUCCAUGGCGGCAUGUAAACAACUUUACGAGAGACUUAUUUGAGUACUUCGACUUUAUGAUAUACACCGUCUGGGACAUCGCAGACGAUGUGACACCCGUGGAUUAUGUCGGUAGAAGCUAAAGAACACUUUUGGAGGGAACACCAAGAUUCUUUGCGCCGAAUCAGGACCCAUUUAGUGAGUGGGAGGAAAAGCUCUGCCACCAAGUCCCGGACCCCGGUCUAUGGCCGGAGGUCACCGGCUGCCAGAAACACCCAUCCCCCGUAUGGCAAGUACAGGCGAGCCACACCCCCUAACUUACCUAGACUCGACACACCUCCAAAACAUGAAGAACGCCGGACUCACAGAAAUUUACGGAAAGGAAGAUACGAGGAAGUGCCGCCAGUAAAACCAAGGAAAGCUUUUGUCAA